GCAGCCGCUGCAUCGUCGCGCUGGCAUCCCGCACCUCCGACCGCAGCAACAUGGGCGCAGAGAACUCGAAACCCUCCUCGGACGUCAAGCAGCAUGUCUUCUCCGCAGAGCACCCCGUCCGGUUCUCAAACGGACUGGUAGACUCGCUGCAGAAGAACACUUUUACGGACGCCACGCGCUCGAAAGCGCAGGAGCUGCAGUACCAGGAGCGCCUGACGGCGGAGCUCGAGAAGCUGCGCGAGCAGGGGUCGCAGGAAUUCUCCAAGUUGAGCGAGACGCUGUCCGGCGAGGAGCCGCAGUCGGAACCGUCGUUGGUCGAGAAGCUCGCAGACGCGACAUGGUCGUCGUCGACGCUCGCCGAGAAGAAGAAGCAGCAGGACAUGAGCCGGACGAGCGUCACAAAGGAGAUUGAGCAGCUGCGCGCCAAGCUCGAGCAGCGGAAGAAGCUGGACCAGGUCGACGCGGACCUGAACAAGGCCAAGGACGACGUCGUCACAUGCUUGCGGAUGCACGACCGCCGGCCGCUGGACUGCUGGAAGGAGGUCGAGACGUUCAAGAAGGAGGUGCAGAGGCUCGAGAACCAGUUCAUCGAGAAGACGAUCCGAUGAGCCAUGGCACGUGUGUCACGGAUGAGAGACGACCUCUGUCACCUGGAGCUCUGUGCAGAUAGAGUGGGCUUGUAGAACCGACCCAUGACCGCUUUCCUGUUCCUUUGCCUAUUCACACACUUGUCUCGUUUGCUCCCCGCCUAAACCGACCCGUGAGCCGCUUCCUGUUCCUUUACCUGCUCACACAUUCCCCUUGUUUGCCUCUCCGCCUCUGCGCUGCCCCUC